AAGAAAAAGAAAAAAGUACCUUUUUGAAGAUGUCAAAGCCCGCUGAUCACAUCAAGAGACCCAUGAACGCGUUCAUGGUCUGGUCCCUGGGCCAGAGGAGGAAAAUGGCACAGGAAAAUCAAAUGCACAAUUCGGAGAUCAGCAAGAGGCUGGGCGCCGAGUGGAAGCUGCUGUCCGAGUCUGAGAAGAGACCCUACAUCGACGAGGCCAAGAGGCUGCGCGCCCAGCACAUGAAGGAGCAUCCCGACUACAAGUACAGACCCCGGCGCAAGCCCAAGAACCUGCUGAAGAAGGACCGCUACGUCUUCCCUCUGCCUUACCUCGGGGACACCGAUCACCUGAAGGGACUGCCCGUGUCGGCCGCGGACUCUCUGCUGGGCUCCUCGGAGAAAGCCCGGGCGUUCCUGCCGCCCACCUCCGCCCCCUACUCCUUCCUCGACCCGAGCCAAUUCAGCUCCAGCGCCAUCCAGAAGAUGACAGAGAUGCCGCACACGUUGAGCACCAGCACUUUGCCGUACGCGUCCUCGUUGGGAUAUCAGAACGGCGCGUUUGGCACCCUCGGGUGCCCCAGUCAGCACACCCACACCCACCCUUCACCCACAAACCCGGGCUACGUCGUUCCGUGCAACUGCACGGCCUGGUCAGCGUCAAGUUUACAGCCCCCCGUGGCCUACAUACUUUCAGGUAUGACCAAGACUGGGAUAGACCCAUAUUCAUCUGCACAUGCCACUGCCAUGUAACCCACAAGACUCCCCCCUUUGCCUCACUCUUUUUAAUUCACUUGAAUACCGAAAUGCAUGUAAAUAUUACAACGGACAUGUGCGUCCCAUUUAAAAAGAGGCAUGAACAGUGUUAACUGCCUUGGACUUGGUAAAGAACAAAAAAGAAAAAAA